AUACGUUUUAGUUGUGUAUUAUUCUUAUAUUUUGUUUAUUUCAUUUAUUUUCUUUAUUUUCAAUUAAUUAUAGUUUAAGCAAAUUCGUCUAAAAUGGAUGUAGAUUCUGAUUGUACCAUAUCUUCUUCAGAUUCUGACGAUGACAAUUUAGAAAAUAUUAGGCAAGUUCAUUUGAAAGAAAAAAUUGAAGUUCUGGAAGAUGCGGUCAAAAAUUCACCAUCUGAUUAUCAAGCACAUGUGGAAUUAAUUAAAACCCUUCGUAGUAUACAUGAUUUGGACAAACUACGUAUUGCUAGAGAGCGUCUAAAUGAAAAAUACCCAUUAAGUGCAGACUUAUGGAUCGAUUGGAUAAAAGAUGAAAUAAGUAUUGCAACUACUGAUGAAGAAAAACAAAAUGUUAUUAAAUUAUGCGAAAAAGCUGUUAAAGAUUAUUUAAGUAUAGAUUUAUGGUUAGAGUAUGUACAGUUUAAAAUUGGUUGCAUGUCUGAUACCACUGGAACAGAUACCAUACGGGAAUUAAUGGAACGUGCAUUAACUGCCGGUGGUCUUCAUGUACCUAAUGGAAAUGUUCUUUUCGAAGUGUACAAUGAAUUUGAAAAAUUAAUUUUAUUAUCGUUGAAGGAGAGUACUGAUGAAAAAUCCAUAAAUGACCAAAAACGCCGUAUAAAUAAUUUAUAUCGUCGUCAACUUUCUGUGCCUUUAUUUGAUAUGGAAAACACUUAUACUGAAUAUAAGCAAUGGCUUGCUUCUGAAAAUAUUGAAAUAGAAAAAUCAGUUGAGGAUACCUAUAAAAAAGCUCUUAAUAAAUUACAAAAAAUUCAAAUUUUUGAAGACCGUUUGUUAUCUUUAGAAGUUAAAGAUCGACUAGAUUCUUAUGUAGAAUAUAUUCAAUGGGAAAAAAAUCCUAAAGAAGGUGGAAAUAAGCCAACUCGAAUAAUAUGCUUGUAUGAACGCGCUAUUGCUGAUUUACCUUUAAUACACACACUUUGGGUUGAUUAUAUUGACUAUAUUGCAGUAACAAUUAAAGAAGCUGAUUACAUAUUAGAAACUUGUAAGAGGUCUGUAGCUAACUGCUCAUGGUCUGCAGAUCUUUGGACUACUUAUUUAAUUCAAGCUGAAACUUAUAAUCAAUCACAUGAAAAAAUUACAGAAAUUAUGGAAAAAGCAAUAAGCUCAUGGUUUAGUUCAUCUGCAGAAUAUCGUUCUUUAUAUCUUUCUUACAUUUUUUAUUUGAGAAGACGUCUCAAUAACGAAAAUGCUGAGACUAAAUUAAAGCAAAUUCAAGAUAUAAGAUUGAUGUUAGAACAGGCUCAAAAAUUUCUUCUUGAAAGCUUUGGACACUCUGGAGAUCCAAACUGUGAAUUACUUUUAUGGUGGACAGAUUUUGAAGCUAUUAUAACAGGUGAUAUGGAACGUGUUCGAACUAUGUGGAAUGAAAUUUUAAGUGCUGGUCUUAAUCAAUAUUCUUCUUAUUGGAUGAAGUAUAUAAAUGUUGAAAUUCAAUUUGGCGAUCAAAAACAUGUACGUAAAAUUUUUGCACGAGCAUUAAUGACUAAUACAGAUUCACCUGAAACAAUUGGUUCAGAGUGGAUUAGAUAUGAAACAUUGUAUGGUGAUUUAAACUCAUUAUUAAAUUGCAAAGAAAAAUAUAAAAUUAAAAUGAAGCAGGUACAAGAAAUACAAGAUAAAGAACAAAAAACCGAUAACAAGAUGGGAAAUAAAGAGAAGGAAGCAAAAAAACGAAAAUGGAAUGAAACAGAACAAAUUAGUAAUAAUGAUAAAUCAAAUGGAAAUUUUAAAGUACCAUUUGCCAAAAAAGAUGUUGGACAAGAAUCUGAAGCUUCCCCUAUUAAAAAACUUCGAACAACUGAAAUAAACCUUGACAAAGGUGGUCGACACAUGGAGAUUGAAGGUAAAGAAUAUCGAUCUGUAUUUGUUAGUAAUUUGGAUUUUGCUGUGACUGAAUUGGAGGUGAAAGAUGCAUUGUCUUCAAUUGGUCACUGCGAAGUAUUAUUAGUAAGAGAUUUUAAGGGACGAUCUAAAGGAUUUGGUUAUGUGCUUUUCGAAAAGCCAGAAAUGGUUCCAGAAGCAUUAAAAAAAGACCGUGAACUUGUAAAUAAUCGACCUAUGUUUGUGUCUAAAUGUGAACCUGAUAAACAAAGUAGAGAAUCAGGAUUACGAUUCCCUACUAAGCUAGAAAAAAAUAAAUUGUUUGUUAAAGGUUUGCCAUUCAACUACACAAAAAUUGAUAUAGAAAACAUUUUUAAACCAUAUGGAACUUUAAAAGAUGUACGUGUUGUUACAUUUAGAAAUGGACAUUCUAAAGGAUUAGCCUAUAUUGAUUAUGAAGACGAGAUAUCAGCUGCUAAAGCAUUGUUAAAAACUGACAACAUGGUAAUUCAGGAUAGAACUAUUUCAGUAGCUUUGAGUCAACCACCAGAACGUAGAAAUCCGUCUGAGAGUAAAUCAUAUCUUCCUGUUGCAAAGUUUAAAUCACAAGCUUCAACUUCAUCAUUAGUGCAACGUGAUCAUGCCCGUACAAAGUUAUCUUUUACACCUAGUGUGUUGCAAAAAAAGUCUGAUAAAUCUGUUUCAACAACAUUAGGUGGUGAUACAGCUGCACUAACUAAUGAUGACUUCAGAAAAAUGUUAUUUGGUGGCAAAUAACUAUUUAACUAUUUAAGUUUUAAAAUAAAAAUAAUUAAGUAUUUAA